AUGGGUUGUCGACUAAGCUCUCAUGCCAAGCCUGAGACAGUGAGUGAGGCUGAUACUAGAGGUACUCAACAGGACAAUGCUAGCGUUGAACAGGGUGAUUACGUGAGUUGUAAAACUGCAUAAAAAUUUAGUUUAAAUUUAGCGUAGGGUAAGGUAAAGUAAUGUAGGGUAGGGUAGCACCAUGCCUAAAAAAUGUAUUGCAUGACUUUCUGUUUUUGGUUUAUCCCUAUUAGAACUAUUUUUCAGAUUGAUGGCGUUGACAUCUCACACGUCAGCAACAUUAGAGUAACCUUGUAUGGGAACUCAACUGAAUUAAAUGUUUAUGCUUAUACAACCAGUAUUGAGGAUCCCACAAUUGUAUUUCGCGGUGCAUACCAUGUUAUUAUAGAAAAACUGAAAAUGUGCCUCAAGAGGAAACGUAAAUUUAUAUUCUACAUUUGGUUGUUUGAUGAAUGUGUAUGGUCUCCACCUUCAGUCAACGCCAUGGCCAACCUCUUUUUGAGUAAGCUAGCAACUUCUAAAUCUUAAAUUACUUUCAGUAGAAGCCUAGGAUGUGGUAGAGAUCUGCAGAACGGUAGGGGCCUAGGGUACGUCAGGGCCGGCAGUACGGAAUGGACUAGGUACUGAAGGCUUAGGGUUCGCUAAGCCCUAAGGUACGUUAGGUCCUAAAGUACAGCAGGGCUUAAGUACGAUUUAACUUACAGUGCUGUAGAGCUGUGAAAAGAUUAUUUAUGUUAUUUUUAUGUUUUUAGACGUACUGCCAGCGAUAAAUGAUUUAUUCUUGUGUGGAAGUUUAACAAACAUGAACGUCCUAUUCAUCGACUUCUACAGAAAACUUCAUCCGAUCGUUGAGCGUUUAUUCAUCAACAACCCCACUAUUGUAAGGUUUCUCAUUGAUCUGCAAAUCAAAUCGUUGACCGUGGAAUCGGAUUUGGAUCUUAGUAAGUGCUUAUUUCUCUAACUUACCUUAAAACAAGGUUCGCGAGAGAAUCAGACAUAGCCGAGCCAGUAAAAAAAUUUUUUUUAAAGAUCUUAUUUUGCAACCACAACCUUGCAACCUUUGAUGCCCCACAUUACAAAAAUAUAUUUAAUUUUUUAACUUUUGGGUUACUGUAGGUGUACUGUAACAUUCAAAAAUUUUUUGUAACUUUUGAACUACUUGACAGAAUUUCACCCGACUUUUUUUAAAUUGUAGAGCACGUAAGCGUAAACAAUAUUGAUGUUAGCAAUUUUUUUCUAAAAUGCUCGGAGGGCACAAAAUGUCUGACUCAUGUUUGAUUCUCUCGCGAACCCUGUUUUAACCUAUUUAGCUUCAAUCUAUUCUAUCCUAACUUACUUUAUCUAGUCUUAACUUCAUUAUGUUGCUUUACCUCACCUUUGUCUAAUUUACUAUACUCUAUUCUACCAUACCUUAACUCACCUUACCAAGAACAAAAAGACUUUCUUUUUCAGGUUGGCUGUCAUUAAGUCACAUUGAAGUCAACGAGUUUUGCUUUUGGCGUUUAACAAUGGCGGAGACGCUUUGUCAACAAGAUAUUGUAAUGCCAUCGGUUCGCUCUGUAAAUUUUUAUACCCAUCAUGAAGCUGUUGUUUCAAAGUUGAUUUUGGAAAACAUUUGCAACCUGUUUCCUUUGGUAGAAGAGCUUUACUUUCAAUUUGUGUUAAAUGUGGAGGAUAAGAAUGAACCAAGUAUGUUUGUGAUAAAGCUAGAAAAGGGCUUGGGGUUGACGAUGUAAAACUAAAAUAGACUGUGUGAGAGAGAGCGUGAGCUGUUCCAUGAACGAUAAUAGAAAAUUUGUUUGUUUCAGUUAGAAACCACGAACUGUUCACCCACACCCGAACUUUGUUUGACACAUUCGAGAGUCUGUUAGACUGGAACCAGGGGAAACUCAAAAUAACCAUCGUUUUCCAAGUCCAUUACAAUGGCCUGAUAAACAAAGAAUUGGCAAGAAGAAUGACAGAAUAUAUUGGUUACGAAUGUAUCUGCAACGGCGCUGUCGGUUUAGAUGUAUCAAUGUCUAAUGUAAAUUUGGCAAUGGUUGUAGGACCAAAAUGA